UCGAAGCUUAAGGUUUCUCUUGAAACCCUAAUCAGACGAAAAAGACGAAGUCCAUUCAGAUCUGUUGCGGGUCGGUUCCAGUCCAAGACCUGGUCCAUCCCAAGAUCCAAAUCAAAACUGGUCCAGACCAGACCGGUUCAAGGUCGAUUCAGUCCCGGUUUGGUCCAUUUCAGGCUGGUUCAGUGUUUCAGGCUGGUUCAGUCCCGGUUUGGUCCAUUCCAGUCCGGUUCAGUUAGUUUGGCACCUGUUCAAACCGGUUCUAUCGACUUUCACCCCGGUUCAGUGAUCCAACAAGUUAAAUUGGUCUGGUUCAGGGGUCCAGAGGGCUCAGCCUAUCCGGUUCAGUGA